GCUUCUGUUAGUAGAACGUAGCCAUAUUGCCUGUUACCGCGUUUCAUGGAAUAGUCUUUGUCAUCGGCUAUUAUCGUAGACAUCUACAUCGGGCUUUAAUUAAACUGACCAUUUUUUAAUUGGAAAGAUCUUAUUUUUUCACUCUGUAUGCUUCUUUCUGGAUGAACAAUGAGUUUUCUCUUACUGUCAUGGAAUUUAAGUAUGGGCUGAAUUGGAGUGAAUAAGGAACACACCAUAAUGGACUGGUUAAAAGAUCAUGUACCUCUGUUAGCAAUCAAAGCAAGUGGAGGCCGAAACAACAAAACUUUCAAGCCAAAGAAGAACAUUCCAGAAGGUACACAUCAGUAUGAUUUGAUGAAACAUGCUGCUGCCACUUUAGGUAGUGGCAACUUGCGUAUGGCUGUGCUACUACCUGAAGGUGAAGACCUUAAUGAAUGGGUUGCUGUCAAUACUGUUGAUUUCUUUAAUCAAAUUAACAUGCUAUAUGGAACAAUCACAGAAUUUUGCACAGAAGAGAGUUGUGCAGUAAUGUCCGCCGGGCCAAAAUACGAGUACCACUGGGCUGAUGGUCAGACUGUGAAAAAACCAAUCAAGUGCUCAGCCCCAAAAUAUAUUGAUUAUCUGAUGACCUGGGUGCAAGACCAGUUAGAUGAUGAAACAUUAUUUCCAUCUAAAAUAGGUGUACCAUUCCCAAAGAAUUUUUUGUCAAUAGCAAAAACUAUUCUGAAACGCUUGUUCCGAGUGUAUGCACAUAUUUAUCACCAACAUUUCAGGGAAGUGGUGCAGCUGAGUGAAGAAGCCCACUUAAACACAUCGUUCAAGCACUUCAUAUUCUUUGUCCAGGAAUUUAACUUGAUAGACCGUCGUGAACUUGCUCCACUGCAGGAACUUAUAGACAAACUAACCAGUAAAGAAAGAUAAACACCACUAAAAUGCAUGCAUACAAACACAAACAUAGACACUGGCACAAACACUUUCAACAUGUUGCUACACCCGUAAACCAAAACUUAUGCCAUUCUUUCCUCCAGAUUUUAAGCUGUGAGACUGAGCAAAAAAAAUUAAUUAGAAAACUUUUUUUUUCCUUCUGGAGGUAACAGAUUUACUCAAGCUGAAAAAAAAUAAAAACAAAAAAAAUUGCAGGCAAGGGAUUAUCAUGGGCAAGGGAUUAUUUUUAUUGCAUUCUUUAUAUACACUGCUGUUCCUGAAGAGGAAAGAAUGAAAUGGUAAUAGUGGUGCCAACAUAGGCCUCUAAAAAACACUGACAGAUUGUGACGGAACUCUGAUGCAUUCAGUGUAAUUCUUUGCUUAUGCUGUGUGCUAAAACUUGAGUUUUUCUUUGUAAUACGCACAUAAACACUCACACACACACACACAUAUAUCCAUUUAGCUUUAAUCUCUCAAUAACAGACACAACGUGUAGUUUUUCUGCAAAUGUUUAUUUAUAUGCCUUUUUUUUAAAUAAGUGUAAAAUUCAUAAGAUUUUCAGCUUUCUGUUCUUCUUGUUUGAUCCAAGUUUUAGUUUUUGUUUUCUAAAUUAUAAUACAUAUUUAAAAUUCUAAGUAGGAAAUUUUCUCCCGUUUACUUAACAUGUAUGUGUGAGUCUUGGUUUGAUUUUUUUUUUUAUUCCUGUUUUUUAUUUUCGUUUUUUUAAAGAAAUUUUCAAGACAUCUGAUCCAAUCUCAAUAUUUUUUUUCAUCUUGAGUUUGUUUCUAGAUUUAUCAGCAACCAGAUAUAGAUUGCAAACUGUGAAAGCCAGUGUAGGUAUUUUAUAUAUAUAUAUAUAUACACACACACACACACACACACUAUUUUUUAUUUGUAGUAGAUUAAUUAUUCUACCGAAGAUUUCAUGCAGAAAGUUCUGCAAUGUUUUGAGAGCUCCACAUAAGAAUGUUGAUAAUUGACCUCUUUAUGAAGAUAGUCUCAUCCAACAUUCUUAGGUAGACCAUUUGAAAAAUUGUAAAAUGUUUUGCAUGAAACCAUUAGUAGCAUUGUUAAUCCUCAAAAAAAGAAUAUUUAUUCACCAAAUGCAGUGUUCAUCACUGUCAUAUAUAUGUAUGCAUGUGUGUGUAAGAUUGUUUCUAUGUACAUGUCCAACAAGAGAACGGUGAAGUCGUUUUAGUAUAUCAUUUCUCUUGUUUAUCAGCUUUUUUAUUUUUUUUAUUUAUCAACUCAAAAGAAUUAUAGAGUUCUCAUUCUAAAGCUUGGAAUCUAGAGUGAGUUUGCAUGCUUUGUCUACAAACUUCAGUUCUGCCCCCAGGCAAACCAACAGCUACUGUGAGAAAAUAAAAAUGAAUAAAUACAACAUACAUUUCUAAGAGAUCUAUGCUAAUAUUUCAACAAAUUUACAAAAAAAAAAAGAAAAAAG